AUGCUGGCAGAGCUGGGGUCCCGUCUGCUGCUGGCAGUGGCCCUGCUGGGAGCAGGCCCUGCUGCCCAGGCCAUGAAAGGUGUCAAAUGUGGGGGGGUCCUUUCAGCACCUUCCGGGAACUUCUCCAGCCCCAACUUCCCAAGGCUGUACCCCUAUGACACGGAGUGCAGCUGGCUGAUUGUGGUGGCUGAGGGAUCCUCUGUGCUGCUCACCUUCCACGCCUUUGAGCUGGAGUACCACGACACCUGCGGCUUUGACUUCCUGGAGAUCUACAAUGGCGCCUCAGGAGACAAGGGCAACCUCCUGGGCAGGUUCUGUGGUCAGGCGCCCCCACCACCCUUCACCUCGUCAUGGCAUGUCAUGUCUGUCAUCUUCCACUCCGACAAGCAUGUGGCCAGCCAUGGCUUUUCUGCGGGCUACCAGAAAGAUGUGUGUGGUGGUGUCCUGACUGGCCUUUCCGGGGUCCUCGCCAGCCCUGAGUACCCCAACAACUACCCCAACAAUGUGGAGUGCCGCUGGGUGAUCCGUGCCUCAGGGGCAGCCACUGUGAAGCUGGUGUUCGUGGACUUCCAGGUGGAGGCCAGUGAGCAGUGCACCUAUGACUACGUGGCUGUGCUUGGGGGGCCCGGGCCAGCCCACGGGCAGCACUACUGUGGCGCCACCAGGCCCCCAACCCUCGUGUCGCUGGGCCGUGAGCUACAGGUGAUCUUUAAGUCGGACUUCAACAUUGGAGGCCGGGGCUUCAAGGCCCACUACUUCUCAGGAGAAUGCCAGGAGGUGUACAUGGCCGUGCGGGGCAACUUCUCCAGCCCACAGUACCCCGGCUCCUACCCCAACAACAUCCGGUGCCACUGGACCAUCCGCCUGCCUCCUGGCUACCGGGUCAAGGUGUUCUUCUUGGAUCUGGACCUGGAGGAGCCCAACAGCCUGACAAGGACCUGUGAUUUUGACUACCUGGCAGCUUUUGAUGGGGCCAGUGAGGAGGCACCCCUGCUGGGCAAGUGGUGUGGCCGCCGCUCACCGCCACCUGUCACCUCAAGCCACAACCAGCUCCUGCUAGUCCUGCACACUGACCGUAGCACCACCGGCAGGGGCUUCUCAGUAGCCUACAUUGGAGUGGUGCCCAUGAACGUGAGCUGCUCCCGCACACACUUCCAGAUCCUCAUCUCUGCACAGGCACUGGCCCCGCUGGAGCGCACCAAGGUCUACCUGGGCAGCCGGAACUGCGCCGCCCAGGAAGUGGGCAGCAACUUCCGGAUCCAGGCCCGCUUUGAUACCUGCGGUACUGAGUCUCAGAGAAGAAACAACACCUCGGUGAUCGUCAGCGUACUGUACAUCGACUUCUCGGCAGUUGGGCAGGAGGAUGUCCAUGAGUAUGAGGUUCGCUGUGAGCCGCGGCGCAAGGAGGCUUCUGUCCAUCUGCUGUCUGGCUCCGACUGGCUCGGUCCCUAUGCUGCCACUGCUGAGCACCUGCAGGAGGCGCCGCCCAGGGAUGAGGUGGAGGCACUGGAGGGCCCAGUGACCAUGGUGGCCCAGGACACCAGUGACAUCGUCUUCCUGGGUCUCUGCAUCUUGGCUGGAGUCCUCAUGCUCAUUGCUAUUGUGGUCCUGAUGCUGCUGUGA